ACGAAACUAUAGCCAACUUGAUCGGGAGGCCUUAGCCGCAGUAGCUGGAAUCAGAAGAUUCCAUGAUUACCUUUAUGGUCGGUUUUUUUAUCUUGUAACCGACCAUAAACCAUUGUUGGGGUUGCUGGCAGGCGACCGCCAAACCCCCCAAAUUCUAUCCCCACGCAUGUCCCGCUGGGUGGAAUUCCUUGCCGCCUAUUCUUACCAACUGUUGUAUAAGCCCGGGAAAUUUAUAGGGCAUGCGGCCGCGCUUAGUCGCUGCCCUUUACCUAUAACGGAGGCCGACCCAGCCCCGACGUCCGCUGUCCUUCUUGUUGAGGACUGGGACGUUCCUGUUUCUGCUGUUGAUAUCGAGAGUUUGUCUGCUAAGGACCCAUUUCUGUCUAAAAUCAUCGAUUGGGUGAAAAGGGGUUGGCUGCGGGGAUUACUAGCUUCUGAAUUCCUUCCAUACUCCCGCCGGCAGCAUGAACUAUCGGUCCUUAAGGGGUGCCUGUUGUGGGGGAAUAGGGUAGUAGUACCCCCCAACUUGCGUAAGCGUAUCUUGAGUUGUUUGCAUGACGCCCACCCAGGAAUGGUAAGAAUGAAAGCCUUAGGGCGCAGUUACGUUUGGUGGCCGGGGAUGGAUCAGGAGAUCAAGGCCUGGGUGGCAAAUUGCCCCCAGUGCCAAGCCUCUAGAUCAGCGCCAGCUGCUGCCCCCGUCAGGAACUGGGAGAAUCCCAGAAACCCUUGGGCGCGAGUCCAUGUGGACUUCGCUGGACCUUUUUUGGGCCAAACCUUUCUAAUUCUAGUCGAUGCCUAUUCGAAGUGGGUUGAUAUUGCAUUGACACCUUCCCCCACGGCUGGAGCCGUCGUCAGGGUCCUGGAAACCCUGUUUGCCACCCAUGGACUUCCCGACGUCAUUGUCACUGACAAUGGGGCCCAAUUUACAUCGGCCUAUUUUCAGCAGUUUAUGGCACGGCUGGGUAUCCGCCAUGCCCCUACGGCUCCUUUCCACCCGGCGGGGAAUGGCCGGGCGGAAAGGGCCGUUAGGGCAGCUAAAGAAGCAUUAAGUCGCCUGGGCCCCUCCAACUGGCAUCACAAGAUCUGCCAAUACUUAUUGGCACAACAUUCAACCCCAUGCCCAGAUACUAAUCGUAGCCCGGCUGAGAUGUUGAUGGGUAGGCGCUUACGAACCACUCUAGAUCGUUUGCAUCCGAGUUUUACUCCAGAUAUACCCAGAUGCACAGAUUCCAACUAUAGGAAUUUUAGGGUGGGGGACCUGGUCUACGCAGAAAACUUCGGGGCUGACACCCGGUGGCUGCCCGGCACUAUUAUUCAAAUAACCGGACCCUAUUCUUAUAGGGUCCAACUGGGAGAUGGACGCCAGUGGCGCCGACAUAUAAAUCAGCUGCACCGAAGAAUCACAGGGCCGGCUGAUCCAUGCCCUGAGCAAAGCAUCGCUGUUUUAACACCUGACCAUUGCUUCGGGGGUCCGGUGGCCCAGCCAGACACACCACGUACUUCAACCCCCGAAGCGGUCUCGCCGGCUGCCUUACCUGCGGUUCCCGUUGCUGCAGCAUCGCCAGGGCCUUUUCCCGAUCCAGAUGUGCACUCUCCGCCCUCGGAGCAGGAUGGCAGUCCGGCUCCUCCCACUCCAGCGCCACCGAUUCAAGAACUAAGACAAUCGGGGCGGAGCCGACGGCGCCCGGCAUAUCUCGCAGAUUAUGCAUGUGCCAUCCGGAGGGUGAAGGGUGUUGUGUCCUCGGGAAUGCGACCCGAGGAGAGAAUGCCUGUUGCUAGCCGUCGCUGAUUGGUUAAAGCACGGCUAGCGUAAAGAGCCGGAAAGGGGGUUGGU